GCUGACAUAACUUUGCCAGGAAAGAAAAUAUAUACUCUUUAACGCUAAGAUUUGGAAAUGGCAUUUGGACUACUAAACACGGUGUUGGAAAAGUCAGAGACGCUCUUGGGGUCAGAUCAUGCAUCAGUCGUGUCCAUGAACUUGUUCGUGGCUCUGCUUGGUGCUUGCAUCGUGCUUGGUCACUUACUCGAGGAGACUCGGUGGAUGAAUGAGUCAAUCACCGCUCUUAUCAUUGGUUCAUGUACUGGGAUUGUUAUCUUGCUUAUUAGUGGAGGAAAAAGCUCGAGGAUAUUGGUGUUUAGUGAAGAUCUCUUCUUCAUUUAUCUUCUUCCACCUAUUAUAUUCAAUGCAGGGUUUCAGGUUAAGAAGAAGCAAUUUUUCCGUAACUUCAUGACCAUUAUGUUGUUUGGUGCUAUUGGUACUCUCAUUUCAUUUGCUAUCAUUUCAUUAGGUGCAAUGCAUUUUUUCGAGAAAAUGAAUAUAGGAGAUCUCACCAUUUCGGAUUAUCUAGCCAUUGGAGCUAUAUUCUCUGCUACUGAUUCUGUUUGCACCUUGCAAGUGCUUAAUAAAGAUGAUACACCUCUCUUGUAUAGUCUUGUCUUUGGAGAAGGUGUAGUAAAUGAUGCCACAUCGGUCGUGCUCUUCAACGCGAUACAAAGAUUCGACCUAACACACAUCAAUUCAACCAUAGUUAUGGAGUUUGCUGGAAACUUCUUUUCUCUAUUCAUCUUAAGCACAGCUCUUGGUGUUGCAGCUGGAUUGCUCAGUGCUUUCACUAUCAAGAAGCUCUAUUUCGGAAAAAUCAAGCACUCUACUGAUCGUGAAGUUGCACUUAUGAUGUUAAUAGCAUACUUGUCAUAUAUGUUGGCAGAGCUAUUCCACUUAAGCUCUAUCUUGACUGUGUUCUUCUGUGGGAUUACUAUGUCUCACUACACAUGGCACAAUGUUACAGAAAAAUCAAAGGUCACUACCAAACACACUUUUGCUGCAUUGUCAUUUCUAGCUGAGAUCUUUAUCUUUCUUUACGUUGGGAUGGACGCUCUCGAUAUUGAAAAAUGGGACGUUGUACGUAACAGCCCUGGCCAGUCUAUUGGAGUGAGUGCGAUACUCCUUGGCCUUAUCCUUCUUGGUCGUGCAGCCUUUGUGUUCCCUCUUUCGUUCUUAUCGAACCUGACAAAGUCAUCACCGGAUGAGAAAAUCGAUUGGAAGAAACAAGUAACUAUUUGGUGGGCUGGUCUAAUGCGUGGUGCUGUGUCGAUGGCUCUUGCUUAUAAUCAGUUCACAACGUCAGGACACACCAAGCUUCUUGGAAACGCUAUAAUGAUCACCAGCACCAUCACUGUUGUUCUUUUCAGUACUGUGGUAUUUGGAUUGUUAACCAAACCGUUAGUGAAACACUUGCAGCCUCCAUCAAAUAAGCCCUCCACACCUACGUCAUCAUUCACCGAGACGCUUCUCAAUCGCGAUGGUGAUGGCAGCUACAUCGAAAACCACGAGCCUCUGCACCGUACACAGGGCCAAUCAGACUACAUCCUUGACCAUCCGAUAACUCUAGCAAUGUUCUGGAACACUCCUUCUCGAGCCAUUCAUCAUUACUGGAGGAAAUUCGAUAACGCGGUUAUGCGUCGCACAUUUGGCGGUCGUGGCGUUUCAACGGUAGUUCCUGGUUCACCUAUUGAUACUAGUGUUCAGCAGCUGUGGAUUGAAGACGUGGAAGACAAGGAACAACACGGUGAGCCUUGAUUGUUGUGACGUCAUGACUAUGAUCUUUUUGACUUGUUGGCUCGCGUUUUUUGGAACGCAAACGCAUCAUGGCCUUAGAUUUUUGCUGCUAUAUGGGCGCACUUUUUUAUUUGAUUUGUUUUUGGUCCCGGUUUUAUUUUUGGUUUGUGGUGUGCUUUCUUUAGACCCGGUCCAUUUUUUUGCGUGGUUUGAGUUUUGGCUUUUGGGUUUAAUUAGCGGUUUUGUUGUAAAAUUGUAUUUCUCCAUGUAGAUAUGGACUGAUGUAGGUGUAACUUGUGACCGUGAUCUUUUUACAUACUACAUAUGUAAUUGGCUAUGCUAAGCUCAUUCGAGUAUCA